CGACGCACAGCCUUGAUCACUUGCGAAAUCGUGGGUUUCUCGCUUCCUUUAUAAGUCUACAAACCUGCGUUACGGUCAAUGCGACCAUCUAAUUAAGCCAAUUGCUAUGGAUGAGACUUCCAACUGGGCCGAACAAUCACAGCCCAAGAAACCCGAAUUAGCUGAGACUCCUCACAUUGUGUUGCCGACGAGCUACAACGAGCAGGCUGUGACGGAGAGUUCAAACCCUGUGCGAUCAAAAGGAGCCAUUGACUCUACACUCCAAUUUCUCUCAACAUCAAAUGGUGAGACUCUUCUGGGUGUCUUCGCAUGCUUGGUAGGCGCGACACUCUUACUUUUUGGAAGACUUGGUUUGCUCUUGAUCGGAAUUGCUAGUGGUAUCAUCUUGCACGCACAGUGGGAGGCAGCUGACGAAGACCCUACCCAACCAUUAUCUAAUUCACGACACCGAAGGAGAAAGGAGCUCGCCCUGGACAUAGCCAGAAGACUACUUGACUGGCCGAAAAGCACGGAUUCUGCUGCUGAUGCCGGGCAAGAUGACAUCGGGCAAGUAUUCCUCUUCGGGGACACUUCCUCUGCUGAUCUUGAAUAUUCUACUCUUGGCCCCAAGACAGCGGCUGCCCUGAGAUCAAUUACUGAUGCAAUCAUGAGGGACUAUGUGAUCUCCUGGUCUAGUCCAAUAUUACCGCCCGAGACAACAUUUCCUCUAUCAUGCCGGAAGUUGUUGGCCGAAUUUAUCUCGUCCCUGUCAUCGCACCUCUCUCGUAAACGCUCUGCUGACACUUUUCUGGAACUCCUCACUAACUCAUCCUCACUGAUCAUUGUGUUUUUGGAUGAGCUUUCUGCAGCAUUUGAGUCCGUUGGCUCCAACGAACCUCCGGAAGAGGUGGUCUUGCGCUACAUGGAGAGCUCCCCUGAAAGCGGUCUGGCGAAUAUCUUAGCCAAAGACCAGCAAAAGAGGAAGCUCGACAUUAUAGCAGACGAUAUUCUGGCUAGAUUUUUGGACCCGAAUGUCUAUGGAUGCUUGCUGCUCAAAGAUUUCAUGCGCGAAAUGUUCGUGAGCGUUCUAUUCGAGUCGACCAUUUCGAGUCUUUCGAGGCCAGAAAUUAUAAAUGGCUGGAUUAUAUAUCUCUUUAAUGAAGGCAAGUCAGAAAUAAUGACUGCGAUAGACGCCGGUGUCGAAGGGGCCCAGGAACAAGUUGUGACAGCAACUAGAGAUCUCAACAGCGUAAAUGAACCUUCAUCCGAGACAACAAGCAACACGAGCCCCGAGCCCAAUAUCACUGGGGAUGAAAUACAACAAGAAACGGCAGAUGUUGACAGGGCAACAGUGGAGGCCAAAAUAGAGGCGAAGCGUCUCAGUGACAUGAUCACAGCACAUGAUAUGCAGAAGCAAAGCUUAGAGAGAGCAAUACGAGACGAUGUGCAGGAGGUAGCAUUGGAUGACAGGAUUGAUCAUGGAGAAGACUUGCCUGCAAACAAGAUCGGAGACGAUAUUAUGCAACGCGAAGACUCGGGAUGUGAUCAAGCAAAGCAUAUUGGAGUUAAUAUCGAUUUCAAACUGGAAGAAAAUAACAGCUCGUCCCCUUUACUCAUGCCUUCUAAGAGUCAAACCGCACCAAAUUCACCGCCGGAGCCAGUCGUCCUUCAUCGUGCAUCCAUAACGGUAGAGACCGAUGCUUCGAAGGUCACAUCGAAAGGCCCACUCCGUUCAAAACCAACGUCGGACUAUUUACUACAGGUUGAACCUGUAUCGACACGGUCCACUGGCUGGAUGGUUUUCCGAAAAUAUACCGAUUUCGAGUCGCUUCACCAAACAUUGGAGGCCAUUUCGAGACUGCACAAAAUCCGGACGUUUGCAGACGAUCACCCAGUUGUACCCCCGUGGAAAGGCCAGACGAGAUCUGAAUUGGCCAAGAACUUAGGGCGUUAUCUUCAGGAUGCUCUCAGCCACAGGUCUAUGGCAGAGAGCGAAAGGAUGAAACGAUUUCUUGGCAAGGAUGAACAUCUCGGAUCGGACUUCAGUAAUCCUUACAGCAAGACUGUAUUCCCUUUUCCAAGCCAAUCUGCGCUCGAGAAUGUAGGAAAGGGCGUGUUGGGCGUUUUAUCCAAUGCGCCCAGGGGUGUCUCGGGAAGUGGUAAAGCCAUGUUGGAUGGCAUGACAGGGAUAUUUGGUGGAGGCAGCAGUAAGAAGCAAUCGCCAGAUCCAGUGGCAGGCGAUAAAGACAGAUCACUAGAUCUUUUCAACCAAAGCGAGUCAAUUGGCCACGGGUCACAGGAGAAAAUUGGGGAUUCUACGAGAACUAGGCCGGCUUCCCCGCCGGACAGAUCUCUCACACGCAAGACAUCUGGGAAGCCAGGUCACCCUCCUGAAGAGAAUUUCCCGGAUCGAAUCGAGACGGCCACGGACUAUCCAGAAUUUUCCGACAGCUCAGUUCAGACAACGGAUGCAGGGCGCACUGUGGCUUCUACACAACCGUCUCCUUCUGCCGGGCGAUAUACUUCGGCUGACCUACGUCAGUCUCCUGGUGGGACACAAGAUAAUUUUCACACAAACAGCGAAGGGCAAGCACCAGAUGCUGAAUUAAGUGACUACAGGAGUCGAAGCAACCCUAUCACGCAUGAAGAGACGCGUAUAGCCGUGGAACUCAUAUUUGCGGUAAUCAAUCAACUAUACACUUUGUCUUCGGCAUGGAACAUACGCCGGACUCUACUUAAUGCGGCAAAAUCGUACAUAUUACGCCCCGGAAAUCCUCAUUUGGAGACGAUCCGUGAGCUACUCCAGGUAUCAAUGAUUGAUUCACAUACGUCAGAUGAAGCAAUUGGGCUAUAUCUCAACAAAUUGCGUGAAAGUGCUCUCCCAACGGAAAGCGAGUUGGAAAACUGGCCGCCGCCUUCCACCGAUACUGAGAAAGAACGGCUGAGGGAGACGGCUCGCAAAGUCUUCGUUCAAAGAGGCUUACCCCAGGCUCUUACGAGCGUUAUGGGAGCAAAUGCCAGUAAGGAAGUUUUGGGGAAAAUUUUUGAUUGUCUGCAGGUACAAAAUCUCGCUCGGGGUUUCGUAUAUUCUCUUUUUUUGCAGGCUCUUAAGGCCGCUAUCCUCUAAUCCGAAUAUCCAGGGAGGGACUCGCUGAUUAUUAGCGACCAUUAGCGAUCACAAGAAUACCGUCACAUGUAUAACCUAAUGAUCGGUUCCUGUUUGUAUCUCUAGUUAGUUGAGCAUUACAUGCAGUUUCUGUGAUAACUAGUCAAUUAAUUGUAUAAGUAACAUAGUUCCCAUCUUGACCGGCCACCAGCCCGGGUCAGCUAUCUAUAUAAUACCAU